GUUCUCUUGUGAUAUGCAUGUGGCAAAGUUGAUGAGGGAGCGCUCUCUCAGCAACAGCGUCUCUAUGCUAUAUCACAAGCUGUGUGAACUGCAUAGUGAGGAAUGGAUGGAGAGGUCCCUGCGAUACCUCUCUGUGUGUGACCGGUUCCGGGGUACCACCACACAAGCCCAUCUCACCUCCACCACCCAUGCCGCCUGUACCGACCGCCAAGUGGCUCCUCUCUGUCCACGCAGAGGAUAUCCGGUCCCGGUAUGGUGAGCUCAAAGCCAGGGUCACCUCUGUCUUUGGGUCCAUCCUGAAGAUGGACUCCACAAAAAAGGUGGCCAAAAAACUGGCGGGAGCCGCAGCUGGGACCGCAGCCUGGGUCACCAAUGUGGGCAAUGAGCACGGACAGGUCCUCAUGUCUGUGCUCACCUCACAUGAGGGUCAGGGACUGCUGCCCAUGACAAAUGGCCUGGUAAAAAGGUACGAGGUGGCUGGAGUCGCUCCCCCUACUCUCCUGUAUGUGGACAGAGACUGCUGCUCUUCUGUGGGCACAUCAAGAGGAGGUGCCAUGUUCAGCGGCUGGAGUGACAUGGUGGUCCGUCUUGAUGUGUGGCACUUCAUGUGGCGCUUCGCCGCAGGUCUGCACACUGACAGCCACCCACUCUACGGUCUGUUCAUGGCGAAGCUCUCCGCCUGCAUUUUUGUCUGGGACGAGGGAGAUGUGGCUCUACUGAAGGAGGCAAAAAUGAGGGAGCUGGAGCAACAGCAGGCCAUCAGAGGCCUCACUGAUGACCAGCUAACCAGCAGGCUCACCUCCAGACAGUUGGCGCUGCACUGUCGCCGCUGCACACGUGGCGUGGAGGAGACGGAGCAACUGAUUGGUGCGUUGCUGGAGGCCUUCAUGGACGCCAGGGAAACCAUGGGCAUCCCCUUGGUGGACCAGGAGAGGAUGGACGUCAUCUGGGACACCCAAAGACGCCACCUUCCCUGCAUCCAGGACCCCCCCGGUGUGCAGCUGUACACCCAGACAGGAAGUACGACAAAGGUAGGGAUAAUACUUCCUGUCUACCGCUGCGCUCGGGGUUCCACUUCCCUGGAGUCCUUUCAUAACCACCUCAACCGCUUCAUACCCGGAACAAGCGCUAACCUGGAAAAUUUCCAGGCUUAUCUGCUUGAGGGUUUGGAGCGGUGGAACAAGGACCGCGCUGCGGCUGCUUCUGCUACCGUCACGGACGAGGCCCCGUCGUCCCUGCGCUGCUACAGUGCCUCGCUCCAGCACAGCCUCAGUGAGCUCAGUCAGCGUCUUCUUGGCUGUAGUCUUGUACAAGACUAUUCAAAGCCAGGACAGUACACGGGUGAGCUCAUCGGGGUGGAGUACCUGUGCUCGCAGCAGUCCUGGGAGUUCAAGGAGAACUUUGGGCGGGACCCAGAUGCUCCGGACAGAAUCCCAGACGACUUGGGGGAGGCAGAGGAUGAGGGAUUUGGGGAUGAGGCAGUGGAGCAGGACCACACCAUCUCCCCUCUUUCCUUAGUGUCCACCCAGGAAGCUGUACGCUCGUCUCGGGAUUCGGCAUCGCCCUCUCAGUCCUCCCAGGACCUGCCACCUGAGUCCCAGGCAGAUGUGUGCAGAGGACCAGACGGGACACCGGGUUUUGAUAGAGUGGUGGACCUGGCCAGGUACCUCGUCGAGCUGAGAGAAAAGCCUUGUGUCUCAGAUAGGGAAGCCAAUGGCAUUGUUCGGCUGUGGGACAGACUGCCGGACAGUGACAAAAAAGGUGUUUCCUAUCUGCCGAGACACAAGGACAGACUCUUACAAGGCAGGUUCAAGGCCACCCACUCCAAAACCUCAACCUGCCAUGGAAAGGAGAGCCUGAAGCGGUGUGUGCUGGGGCAGGGGUCGGGUCCUGCCCAGUGGCCCAAUAUUAGUCGAAUUGUAGAGGCAGUAUGUCUGGAGCUCUGCUCCAUUCAUCCAGCGGGGAAGGUGAAGUGGGGUGUUUCACUGAACCGCUGGGCUGCCGUUCUGCACGACUACCAGGCCAUACGGAGGCUGGUGGGGAACUGCCCAGCUCUGAGGGGACGGGCAAAUAUUCAGCUGUUCGAGGUCAAUCAGCGGACGCUUUCUGUCUGGUACAACAACUACAGGAAGAAGCUGGAAGCAGACGUGCUGGCUCUGAGUGUGCCCUUGCCUCAGAUCCGCAUGGUGUCUCACAUGCUUCUUCCUGUAGCCAAGCAGAAGGUGUCAGUGCCCUCGGCAGCUCAAUCAGCACUUCCACUUUUCCCCUUUGUUGUAAACCCUGACCUGUCAGGUCAGGCCGUACGGCGAGGGCAGCACCAUCCUCCCCCCGCAUCAGCAACCGCACUCUCCGCUCCACCGUCAGCAUCCCUUUCUGCUCCACCGUCAGCAUCCCUUUCUGCUCCACCGUCAGCAUCCCUUUCUGCUCCACCGUCAGCAUCCCUUUCUGUUCCACCGUCAGCAUCCCUCUCUACACCUUUGAGUAGAACAACUUUGUGGAGGAAGAGGAAGGCUGAGGAGUUUUUAGCCCAGAAACAAGGGCUGCCCCCUCCACAGCAAUAUGUUCGAAAACAGUACACAUGCAGUCGAUGUGGGCAGCUCAGAAAAAAAGAGUUUGGGCACACCAGGGUGGGCAGCUUCUUCUUCUGUGCCACAGCAGAGGGAAAGACUGUGGAAGAGUGGCUGCAGGAGAAGAAAAUUAAGAAAAUCCUUAAUUGUAAAUAACUGAUUAUUUGUAAAUAU